UUAUCCAUGCAGGCCAUACAGAUUGGCGCCACUAAAGUACUGUCAAUGCUGUUGAUGACAGCAGAUUUCUUGCCACCAUAUUUUUCUGCAAGCAGCUUUGGUCUAGAUGAUAAACAGGUUGCUGAUUUGAAAUAUUCUGUAAGUUUUAUUCUACUAGAACAAUCUGAAGAAAAUGAAGACUUAUUUGUUGCUACCGUCAAUCUUUUCACUGCUGCUGCUCGUUAUCAGCCUGCUUUUUUUAUUGCUGUAUUUGCCACCAAAGAGUUUAUGGACGUCCAACCAGGUAAUGCUGGUGAUGGGAAGUUGCCAGCAAUUGAGGUUUCCUCUGGGCCAGUAGAGUCUAAAAGUUCAAGCCUUGUAGAUGUAGUACUUUGUUAUGUUGUAAAUUCUGACAGCCAUAUCAAUAAGAAUAUUUUGUGUUGAAAGUAGUAAC